CUCGCCAGGGCGGUUAGGUGCAGGGAGGGACCCGCUCUCACUUCCUCAUUCGGCUCGCUCGCCCUGCGGCAGCAGGUUGCUGCUCUUGGGGAGCGUCUCCGCUGCCGCUGCUGCAGCCCGGGGAGCGGGAGCCGGGGCAGGGAGUCCCCGGUCGCUGCCUUCCCUUCCCUUCCCUGCCCUUCCCGCGCGCGAGCAGCAGGUGGUGCGGAUGGGAAAAGCGGAGCCGGGAGGAGGCGCGAAGAUGAGCCGAGGCAUGAGGGUCCUCCCCGAGGAGCAAGAGGAGGAAGUGCUAGAGGAGCUGCAGAGCCUAGGGUGGUACCACGAUAAUCUCACCCGCCAUGCAGCAGAGGCUCUUCUUCUUUCCAAUGGAUGUGAUGGAAGCUAUCUCUUAAGGAAGAGUAAUGAAAGGAAUGACUUAUAUUCUCUCUCAGUAAGAGCAAGAGAUUCUGUGAAACAUUUCCAUGUGGAGCACAUGGGGUCUUCAUUCAAGUUUGGCUUUAAUGAAUUUCCCAGCUUGAAGGAGUUAGUCAUGCAUUUUGCAAACCAGCCUUUAAUUGGAAGCGAGACAGGCACCCUAAUUGUACUGAAACAUCCGUAUCCCCGGAAAGUGGAAGAACCUUCUAUUUAUGAGUCUGUCCGGGUUCACACUGCAAUGCAGACAGGAAAAACUGAAAAUGAUCUUGUCCCGAAUGCGCCUUCACUCGGUACAAAAGAAGGAUACUUGGUAAAACAAGGCAAAAUAGUAAAGAAUUGGAAAAUGAGGUGGUUUACAUUGCAUAGGAAUGAACUUAAAUAUUUCAAAGACCAGAUGUCCACAGAGCCAAUCCGGGCAUUAGACUUAACAGAAUGCUCAGCAGUGCAAUUUGAUUACUCACAGGAACGAGUCAACUGUUUCUGUUUAGUAUUCCCACUAAGGACAUAUUACCUGUGUGCAAAGACUGGCAUAGAAGCUGAUGAGUGGAUUAAGAUACUGCGAUGGAAAUUGUCACAAAUAAGAAAACAACAGGACCAGCGUGAGGCUACCUCUACUCUGUAGUUAUUCCUCAGCGAGAUUCAGCCUUCAACAUUGAGUUUGUCACUUCACACGAGGGCAGUUUCAACACAUGCAUUACCUACAGUGUGUACAGCUACGUACUUGCAUAUAUAGGAUUAAUGCCAGAUGGACACUUUCAGAAUGUGAAAUGUUAUCAGGGAAAACUGUUGCAUCCUAACAAUGCUGGUUCCCUAACCAAUCACAUAUUCUUAAUGCACAUUUAAUUCAACCACCUAGGCUGUUUAGUUAUGGAUCACAAAAGUGGUCAGUAUUUGAAACUUUCGGUAUAGUAGUAAAGCACUCUGUUAGCUUCAUUGAGCUUCUGUAAUAAAUACGUAACUAACUACUAGCACCAGCUGUACUGCAGGGGUUAGCCCACUCAUUUGAAAUCAGCUAUAUUCUGGAAACCUUAAAUAUUGCUUUUGCAUUGUGGUUUAAGGGUUUAAAGCCUAGAGGAAAAUUAUGGCUCCAGAGUGGAUUUUUUUCACUGUGAAACUGACUAGAGUAUAUUUUUGUAAUUAACGUGAGUCCCUGUUACAUGGAAAAUAUAAACUUAAUAUUUUUAAAGUCUGGUGUCAAAGUGGUUGAUGAAUAAUACUUGGUUUUGGUGAAAGCUAUUAGCGUGUGGUCUGAUCCUACAUUUUGGCAGAGGUAGCUGCAAGUGCGUAGAUUGCUGCUCUCUCUGUUAGACAUAUUAUAUUGAGAGCAUCCUUGCUUAUACAUUGGGGUGAUAAGGGCACAGGGCAGUUGGACCCCAUCUUCUCCAUUCCCAGUAUGCUCAUGCAGGAGUAGCUAUAGGUGGCCAUGGAAUGAGGAGAAAAUGCUCUACAGCUAGCAAAGUUUUUGGUCCCCAUUGGGUGUGUAGUGGAAUUCUAGCAGAGUCGUGUGCCCUUCACUUACCUACAUGAAGAUGAUAGUUACAUUUUAUACAUUUCUGCUAGCAGCAUCUGCUUGUAAUGAUCUUUUCCUUGGUUAGUAUUGAGAGUUUACAAGCAGAAGCUAUUCAUUGUAGUUGAUUAGGUUUGUGUGUUUUGGGGAUGGGGGCAAGGGGAUAAGAGACAAGUUAUAUUCUGAAAAUGAAUUGUAAAGCAUGUGGCAGCUAUCCAGACAAAGCAAGCUGGGAUCAUGAAGUUGUUUUUAAAUAUCAAAUUAGCUUGAAUUGUACCUGCUCAAAAAUGUUUU